UGACAGCGUAUCAUCGAAAUCAUCAAAAAUGAAGGCUACUCUGCGUGCUCCCGCCUCCCGCGCCGGCGCCGUUCGCCCGGUUGCCUCGCUGAAGGCCGCUGUUAGCCGCGUGGCCUCCGUUGCUGGUGUCUCGGUCGCUUCGCUGGCUGUGACUCUGUCGGCCCACGCUGCCACCGUGAAGCUGGGUGCUGACUCUGGUGCCCUGGUGUUCGAGCCAUCCACCGUCACGAUUAAGUCUGGUGACACCGUCGACUUCGUCAACAACGCUGGCUUCCCGCACAACGUUGUCUUCGAUGAGGACGCCGUCCCAGCUGGCGUGAACGUGGAUGCCAUCUCUCGCGAUGACCUCCUGAACGCCCCUGGCGAGACGUACAGCGUGAAGCUGACUACCCCGGGCGAGUACGGCUACUACUGCGAGCCGCACCAGGGUGCUGGCAUGGUCGGCAAGAUCAUUGUUCAGUAAAUUCCAGAUUUUGCGUGGCUGGAUUUUUGGUUGUGAAUUGGCGUGUAACAUUCGUUUGAGUAUAAUCUCUGGCGCCAGACGUUCCUCAGACUGCAUUAAACCUUUGCCAUGUGACAGCACGUUCAAUCCAUACCCCAGCGGAUUAAGGCUUUGAUCAAUUCUUCUCUCGAUUAGACAUCCUACUACGUUAACCCAGAUCAUUU